AAGCUACUGCAGCAAUUUGGAUAAGGCGUUAUGAUCUCCUUGCUUUUUCUCGCUUUGUUUUCUCUGUUCAUCCAGAGGCACAUUGUUUCUUCUCAGAGUACCCCGUACGAGAUAAGAUUUACUAGUCCUGCGCCUGGGGGCAAUGCCAUAACUCUUCAAUGCAGUGGUAAACAUGGAACUCAAGUGGCUGGAGCCAGUUUCUACAGGAACGGUCAGAAUAUCGCCAACAGCAGUUGCUUCACAGCAUAUCCUACGAGUAGCUCAUCUGAACUGAGGAUUGAGCUACAGUCCCAGGAAUGUGACGGUUUUUUUAGUUGUGGCCUUAAUGGAACACUCUCUAUUCCUGCUGCAUUUUACGCUUGCCCUCUUAGAAAUAACUCUGAUAGGACUAUAUCAGCGCAAGAAGGCGAUAGUGUUUUUCUAACGUGUGACUUUCCUCUCUCGCCGAUCAAUCCCUAUCAUACAACAUGGAUUAAAAACCGAGGCCGCAGCGAUCAGACUACACUGCAGAAUACAUCAGUCCUCCAGGGAUACAAUGUCACUGAGAAUAAUCCACAACACACAGAAUAUGUUUGCCAAAUAAAGCCAGACAACCCUUGCCACAAUGGAUCCCCUUCGUUCACAGGGCCUUUUAUUAAUAUUAGAUUUAUAGAAAGAUUUGCGGUGCCAAAAAUAACACAGGAUCUUAAUUACACAAUGGAUAACAAUGGCGAAGGUGUUUUUAGUGUGACGUCCCGUGGUACUAAUCUAACACACAAAUGGUAUAAGGAUGGUGGAUUGGUCAAUAGUACUGGAGAUAGUAUAUUAGAGAUAAGUGAUACUUCAUUAAGAGUAAAGGAAGUCAAUGGGUCACUGAGGAUAGCGUAUGUAGUAUCUAAUGUUGAUUAUGAUAAUACCUCACAUUCGAUGAGGCAAACUUUUGGGGUAUACAGCAGAACCAUAAUUCAAAAUUUUACCGAAAUUACAGCCUCGGAGAACUCAAUGAGCAUCAUAAAUGUAGCCAUCCCAAUGGGUAUAGUCAUUCUUAUACUCUUCGUAAUCUGCAUUGGACUAUGCAUCUGGAUCUUUUGCUUAAAGCACAAAGAUAAAAAUGGUAGUAAACCUCAAGAUGAUUUCUCUCGACAGACCUCAAACCAGUCGGGACAUAGUCAGAACCUGACACAAGAAGGAGAGUGCCGGGAUGGUUCAAAUCCAGACUGCAAAAAAUGUCAGUAUGAAGAAUCCAUGAAGCCUAAGGAACGUUUGCUCCUAUAUUCAUCUAGAUUGGUGGCGGACUGCGAAAAAAAUAAGGAUUUUCUAAAGCUUCUAAGGAUGAUGCUGGUUAAUGCUCAAAAUGAACGCAAUUUUAAUAAGAAGUGUGACACAUUCUUCUCAAAAAUGAUCAGUGAUAUCAAACGUCUUAUGGAAACAGCUGAGUCUCAAAGUAAAGAUGGUGGCUCAAGCAGAGUCAAUUGUGAUGAAGGUGAUGAUGUCUACAAGCAGUAUGAGGAAUUGCUUGAAAUAGUUGAUUCUUUGAAAUAGUGUACAUGUAAUUGUUUUAUUAUAGUGUGUUGAUUUUAUAGCAGAUUAUUUAGAACCCUAGAACUGAUCAUUUCCG